CCUGCCCCGCCCCUCCCGCAGAGGCUCGGCUCGGCUCGGCCCGGCCCGGCCCGGUCCGGUUCGAAGAUGGCCUGGGCCGUGCUGCUGGCUGCGGCCGCACUGCUGGCCCCCGCUGCCGCCGGGGAGCCCACGGCCGAAGAGGAGCUGCUGUUCAAGGCCUGGAUGCUGCAGAACCCCCGGCGGUACGGCCCGGGCGAGUACCCCCGCAGGCUGCGCAUCUUCCUGGGCAACAAGAGGCAGAUCGACGAGCACAACGCCGGCAACCACAGCUUCCAGAUGGGCCUCAACCAGUUCUCAGAUCUGACCUUCGCAGAAUUUAAAAAGUUGUACCUGUGGAGAGAGCCCCAGAACUGCUCAGCCACAAAGGGGAAUUUCCUGCGCAGCUCUGGGCCAUAUCCUGACUCCAUCGACUGGAGGAAGAAGGGAAAUUUUGUGACACCUGUGAAAAACCAGGGCCCCUGUGGGAGCUGCUGGACCUUUUCCACCACAGGAUGUUUGGAGUCUGCUAUUGCUAUUGCAACAGGAAAGCUCCUCUAUCUGGCAGAACAACAGUUAGUUGAUUGUGCCCAGGCUUUUAACAACCACGGCUGCAGUGGGGGCCUGCCAAGCCAAGCCUUUGAAUACAUAUUGUAUAACAAAGGGCUCAUGGGGGAGGACACCUACCCAUACCGGGCCAAGAAUGGCACCUGCAACUUCCAGCCAGAGAAGGCUAUUGCAUUUGUCAAGGAUGUUAUCAAUAUCACGCAGUAUGACGAGGAUGGCAUGGUAGAAGCUGUGGGAAAGCACAAUCCAGUGAGCUUUGCGUUUGAGGUGACAAGUAACUUCAUGCACUACAGAAAAGGAGUCUACUCAAACCCAAAAUGUGAGCACACUCCUGACAAGGUGAACCAUGCUGUCCUUGCUGUGGGGUAUGGAGAAGAAAAUGGGACUCCUUACUGGAUUGUGAAGAACUCCUGGGGCCCGAUGUGGGGCAUGGAUGGGUACUUUCUUAUUGAACGUGGCAAGAAUAUGUGUGGUCUCGCUGCUUGUGCAUCUUACCCAGUUCCUCAGGUGUAAGAGGAGAAUGCAGGCUGGGGAAAGCAGGCAUAGGAAAAGGAACAACAGAUUGUAUGCAAAUUUCUGAGUGCUAAAAUCGAGAAAGUGAGAACAAGUAAUACCUGUCUGCAGAAAGUUAUGUUGCUGGUAGAUUCCUCUGCUUGCAUACAGCUUCUUGCAGCAGGAAGACCUACACCUCCUGCUCCCACACUGAACGCCAGACUCUCGCCUCCUUCUGGCAUUAUGUGCUUGCUUGCGGUGUGCCUUGCUCCCAGUGCCAGCUGGGGCCCCGCACCUCUGCUGGGGGGUGUCAGCAGUGGCGGAGGGAUGGCAGCUGCUUAGGUGGUGGAAAUGUCACGCAGCUACCAGAUGCUGCCUCAACAAAGUCACCCCUUCCUUCAUGUGGUAGUUUCCCAGUUGACAGAUGUUCUUGAGAUUUAUUUUCUUUGAAGGCUAUUUUUCAUUUCUCUAGAGAAAGAUGACUGCUGUGAUUUGUAUGUUUUAUCUAUUUUGAUUAAAUGUUUUUAGUAUUUUUUGUAUUAAAAAAUCAGGGUAUUUUAAUGCAAACAGAGAAGAAACGGAUUAAUUUAUUUUAUGAAUCAAUGAAGAAAGCAAGAUGCUUAUUACCAAUAGUUUAUAAAGAGCUGAGGGUGAGAGAAGGCUGCGUGUCAGGAGGGAGGCCUUUUGUUGUGUGUUAUUUCACGCUAAAAUCUGCCACUGUUUGAAUAAAGAUGACUCGUCACCGGU